UCCCCUCUCCGCCAAACCUGGAGGUGCAGGAGGAACGGGCGCGUUCCCGCGGCGGGCUGCGGCGCUCACUGGGAUGCUCGGGAGAGGACGCAGAGGAGGGGGGUGCGCGCUGCGGGGGGGGGGACCGCGGGAGAGGAGAGGGUGGCGUGUGCCUGCCUGGGAGGGGGCAUUUCUUCCCUUGGACACACAAGCCGAUGCCUACCCUGCUGAAGCAGCUAAACAGGGGAGAGCAGCAGCCAUGCUGGCAGAUUCCUGCCCUGUGAUAUGCCAGCCACAGGGUGACGCAAGGGCUGGAAGGCUCCAACUAACAAGCCAUUUUCACCUGCGUAAUAAGCGCUAGUGGAGAUAGAGCACCACCAGAAGCAGCAGCAGCAGCGGCUCCGCGCCACCGCAGCCGCCGGACUCCAGUGCGGCCGCAACACCGUCCAGCCCUCGGCGGCCACCGCAGCUUUUUCGGUGACUCCCGCCGCAGCCUGAGAGCCGGAGACGAGCGGCCGCCUGGCAGGCAACAUGUCAGCCCCGCCGGACCCCCAGGACCUGCUGCUGGCGGGCACUGGGGUGCACUGGGCUGCGGACGGGGCAGACCAGUAUGCAGCUGGGGCUCCGCUGCGGGACGGAGAUGGGGCCCAGCAGCGGGAACAGCUGGUUUUCGGCUCCGCCAGGGAACACCCGCCCGUUGCCAUGGCGACUGCAUCCCCAGGUGUCACAGGCUCAUCACACGUCUUUGACUAUGGCUCCACUGCCAAUGGGGGCGACAGCUCCUUCUACAGCUCUCUGAUCUCGGACGUCCACUACACCACCCCGCGGGACUCCACCUAUUACAUGGGCAUUUAUCAGCAGGAAAACAGCCCCAUUCCCUGCUCGGGCAGCACAGAGGGGUUUAAUGCACUGGGGCAUCCUGUUCAAGAUGUGACUGGGUUUGAGUCCCGUGGUUUGUUUAGCUCAGAUUCGGGAAUAGAGAUGACUCCUGCAGAGUCUACUGAAGUUGAUAAAACCUUAGCAGAUCCCAUGAAAGCAGAAGCUUAUAAAUACAUGGACAUAAGUAGAUCAGAAGAAAUAAAAUACCAAGAUAAACAUGAGCCUGACUCAGAAGAUGAAAGCCCAGACCUUAUCGAUAAGCACCAGGGAAUACCGACCAGGUCCAGCCACACUGCUGAACCUCAGCAGCCAGCUUCAGAGAGCAUGAAGGCAGCCAAAGAGCAAGAUCAGCUUGAAGACACAAGGUCUGGAGAUCAGCAAAGUGCCUCUGAGGUUACAGCCCCCGUCAAGAUCACGCUCACCAAGAUAGAAAGUGCUGGGGAAGCUGUCAGCAAAGAGUCAAGCCCAACUCAGCCAGAGACUGGCCUGAAGCUGAGCCAUGAAGUGGUACCAACAGUGACAGUGUCGGAGCCAGAAGAUGACAGCCCAGGGUCUGUCACGCCACCGUCCUCUGGCACAGAACCAUCCGGCUCGGAGUCGCAGGGCAAAGGCAGCCUGUCAGAGGAUGAACUCAUCAGCGCCAUCAAGGAAGCAAAAAGCUUUUCCUUUGAGACCCCGGAGGUGCAGCAGUCAGCAGCCCUUUCCACUGAGAAAAGAGACCAGCGGGUCAAACCUGGGCGCCCUGCCGCCUCCUCGCCCCUGGAUAAUGAAGCCAGCAGCGCUGAAUCAGGGGACUCUGAGAUAGAGCUGGUCUCGGAGGACCCACUGGCUGCCGAGGAGGUGCUGCACUCCAACUACAUGACCUUCAGCCACAUCGGAGGGCCCCCUCCAUCACCUGCCUCACCCUCCAUCCAGUACAGCAUCCUGCGGGAGGAGCGGGAGGCUGAGCUCGACAGCGAGCUCAUCAUAGAGUCCUGCGAUGCCUCAUCAGCCUCUGAAGAGAGCCCAAAGAGGGAGCAGGACUCCCCUGUGAUGAAGCCCAUGGACAUUAUCAAGGAAGAGAAUGGCUCACGCACUGAUGCCUCAGACUAUGAAGCAAGUAAAACGACAGAGAGCAGGAUGAACAGGGAAAACCUGGCAGAGUCCACAUCCUAUCUGAAAUGCUCCUUUGUUGCACCAAAAGUAAGUGCUGAAGCCCUAGCCUCUGCCAUCAGUACUGAGGAGCUGAAGGAAAGAAUAAUCCUGAAGAAACCCAUUGAAGAAACUGUUGUUAACCAAAGUAAAGUGUCUUCCAAGGACUCUGGAAAAAGAAGUCCCUUGGCUUCACCCCUGCUGCCGUUUUUAAAUAAGCAGAAAGCUAUCGACCUGUUGUACUGGCGUGACAUCAAGCAGACAGGGAUCGUCUUUGGUAGCCUCCUGCUGCUGCUCUUCUCCCUGACCCAGUUCAGCGUCGUCAGCGUCGUGGCCUAUCUGGCCCUUGCUGGCCUCUCAGCCACCAUUAGCUUCAGAAUCUACAAAUCGGUCCUACAGGCUGUGCAGAAGACGGACGAGGGCCACCCCUUCAAAGCCUACUUGGAGAUGGAAAUGAAUCUUUCACAGGACCAGAUUCAGAAAUACACAGACUGUCUCCAGCUAUACGUCAACAGCACAGUCAAAGAGCUGAGGAGACUCUUUCUCGUUCAGGACCUCGUGGAUUCUUUAAAAUUUGCAGUACUAAUGUGGCUGCUGACUUAUGUGGGAGCCCUCUUCAAUGGCCUGACUCUUCUGAUAAUGGCUGUGGUGUCUAUGUUUACUCUCCCUGUUGUAUACGACAAGUACCAGGCACAGAUUGAUCAGUACUUGGGACUUGUGCGGACCCACAUAAACACUGUUGUGGCAAAGAUUCAAGCUAAAAUCCCAGGUGCUAAGAGAAAGGCAGAGUAAAGCAGACAUCAAGAAUUCAUCGACUACAGUAGUGAAUAAUAGGGGAAUCUGGAGUGAAACAGCUCUGUUCUUAAACUUUACUGCAAAUUUAUUGUUCUUUUUUUUCUCCACACCAUACUCUUAAGAACAUAAAACUCAGAAGCAGUGCUUUUCCCCUGCUGCUUCUGCACUUAGAAUAUUUGCAAUCACUUGUGUCAAGCACUAAAGUAUAGUAAAGAGAAAAGUGUACUAGAUGUGGUUUUUUGUGUUGCUUAUAAAGUGCAUGAUGGUGAGAGCCUAAAUAAUAUUGACCUUUUUAUUUUAUUUUUUUAGUGUUUUUCCUUCUUCUAUUGGCAUUGCUUCUAUAACUUUUAAUGUUACAUGUGGCUAGGGGCUUUCCUGCUUAGUGCACUGAUGCAAUAGUUAAAAUUGCUUCUACGUCACUGGGUUGCUGGUUGGAUUCAUCUUUAUUAACUAUAUAGAAUUGUAGACUGAUGUUUUAGUGUUUUCCAGCACAAAUACAAUAAACAGUAAUCGGUACUUAUGGUAAUCAGUUUUGUAUAACUCAAAAAAAAAAUGAAAACAAAACCCAGUACUUUUGUCGUAAAGGAUUGACAGGCUGAUUUACAUGUAUGGUAACUGGAAAGUUCCAGCAUGUUAAAUUUAUUACAAUUUGUAUUACAUACUCUGUAGUUCCUAAUGGACUUAAUUAUGGACUCUGAAUAUUUGCACUUAUGUACUUGAUACCGAAUGCAGAAAUAAAUGUUACUAAAUGUAGAAAGUUC